UCGCCAGUUGACGGUCCGAUUCCUAUACUGUUCCUCGAAUCUGUAAUUCUGGCGCCAAAAUUUGAAAUAUGCUGAAAAAAAAUCAGUAAUAUACGUUGCGAGAAAUCUCACAUCAACAACAACCUGAUACCUCUAUCAGAAAAUAGUGUUCUAUUUCUCAAACAAACAUUCAAACGACGAGAACAAAAUGCAUCCGACAACGACAAGACUCGCGAUAACUUUCACAUCGUACCCAUUUCCUUCCCAUCGGAAAAUCUUUUUCCCCGUUUUCGGCCCGAAUCACCUCCCAAAUUCCAAGUAAAUUUCACUGAAAAAUCCGAAAUUCAAAAAAACGGAGCAAAAUGUGCGACUUUCUGCCAUCAUCGGUUCAUAAAAUCCUGGACGACGUGGAGUUUAGCCUGAGCCUGCCGAUUCUUUUCGUGAUCGGUAUGUGCACCAUUCAUCUCGCAGUGAAUCACUCGAUGCACAUCGCGUGCAAUGUAAAGGAGAUAAUGCGGAAGAGGUCGGAGAAACGCAGGAAACAGCGCAAGUGCGUCAAAGAGGGGCCCGGCAUGAUGGAGCGGAUCAAAGCGUUUGCUUCGUCGUUCUUCUCGAAAUCUAAUAAAAUCAGCUGUCCAGAGAAACCGAGGAAGUGCAUCAAGAGUAAACCGGCUUGUAAAAGAUCUUGUGGGGAUAAAGGCGAUUUAAAGUCUAACGGUGACGACGAUUGGGACGAUGAGGAAGACGACGAUAUGGAUGAUUUGAUGGAUGAUUAAAUAUAAAUUUUGUUGUUAUACCUUCUUCUUACAUUUUAAUAUUGUUAUAUGUAGAAUCUAGUGGGCUGUUAAAAAAUAUUGUCAAUUUUCGUGUUUCAAGUUCAAAAGACAUUAAAGUUUCAAUAAAUUCAACUUGUAUUCGAACGAUUAA